AUGCUCCCGGCGAGGCGGGGGUUGUUUCGGCUUGCCACUCAACUACUCACUUAUCAAGGCCCUCACUGGCAGUGUACUGCCCCACUUACUGUUAUCCUCACCAGCACAUAUCGGCAACAAAGUAUUUUGUUGCAAGCAAGCAGAAUUCAUUCUAGUUCUUCGAGGUACAAACGCGAUUACUAUGAGAUUUUGGGCCUCAAAAAGGGAGCAUCCGCGAAGGAUAUCAAAAAAGCCUAUUACAAGUUAGCCAAGCAGUACCAUCCGGAUGUGAAUAAAAGCAAGGAUGCAAAUGCGCGAUUUCAAGAAGUAUCGGAAGCCUACGAGGUAAAUUAA